AUGAUCCAAUUUCCAAUGUUAGACUCAUUACAUCUCGAAAUCGGGCGUUGCGACGACGGAGCAACGGGACCGAUCACUCUCUUUGAAAAUUGUCCGGCGCUGCGCGAAGUCGUGUUGGACUUGCACCCUACGCACCCCUUCAGGAUCAACAUUCCAUGGGGCCAGAUCACUCAUCUCGACAUGCUUCACGGGAAUCAUCCCAUAGCAGACUCGACAUGGCGAACAUUGAUUAGAAUGCUCGAUAGUUUAGAGGUUGGACGAUUUUGUCUAGCGGGCCGGGUUCCUGGACUGGAUGACCCGUUCCUCACACAGCAACACGCAACUAUCGACGUCGUGAACGUUUUCGAGCUCCGAAGGUUACAUGCUCUGACGAUCAGAUUUGUCGGUCAGGAGUUGCCCCAGAAUCGGAACAUUUGGCUACUAAAAAAUUUGCAUUUCCCAGAGCUGCGCGACUUCCAUUUCUCCUUUUUCCCCGCGUCUACCCUUCCUUCGUUUUUCUUCUGGCGGAACGAAAACCUGCAGAAUCCAUUACAUCCUCAGCUUCAUAAGCUCAAAUCUCUUACAUUAUGGGCAAUAUCUGUGACCACUCCCGAGUUGAUCGAGCUGCUCAAACUCACAACGUCGCUGGAGAGGUUCCGAUUUAAAGGGGCGGCUAAGUGGACAUUACGGUACCUGGUGGGUUCUCUGAAGACCAAAACAGAAGAACGCUUUUCCGUAGCACCGUCGUUGACGAAUCUCAUUGUAUGGGCCGAAAACAUGUCCAAGAGCGAUGUACAACUUUGUAUGUCCAUGAUUUCUGAUCGACAGGGGCUGGGACGUGGAUCUUUUAAGAUGUCCAUUUUCUGCCGGAAAAGGCUGAAGCACCUCCCGGACGGGUUUAUGGUUAUUGUCGACUCGGAAGAUCUCGCUGGGGCAGAAUUUCUUAGCCAUUGA